AUGGACGACGGCACAGGCCACCUGAUACGCCCGUUUUCCAUCAUCGGCGUGGGUGCCUACGGCACCGUCUUCAAGGCCUUUCGGCUGCCCAAGGAGUACGGAGACAAGGAGGAGAUGUGGCGCAGCAGCAAUGCACAGGCCGUCGCGGUGAAGGAGACCGUUUUCACGGAUGUGGCGGAUGACAUCACUGUUGUGCUGAAGGAGGUUUCGUACCUCACAAAUCUGCAGCACCCGAACAUCGUCUUAUACUUUACGGCAUUUACAAACCCUGGUGUAACGUGUGUCGCGCCGUCACUGGACCAGACGGACUCGCAAGGGGAGGAAGAGGAAGCUGUGGCCCUCAGCUUUUCGAAGGCUCCCUCAUUAUGUAUCGUAGAGGAGCUUGUCGAAGGGGCUUCUGUUGCAAAGGUACUCAGGAUGACGGCGGAGGGACAACUUUCAAGGGGAGUGUCGGAGGUUGAGAUCGCCGCCAUACUGUGCGACGUCCUCCAGGCACUCCUUUACAUACAUGAGGAAUGUCGUUUGGUGCAUCGCGACAUUAAACCGUUGAAUAUGCUUAUGGAUCGUAAGACCAACUCUGUGAAAUUGUGUGACUUUGGAACCUGUGCCGAUAUGAGCCAGCAGGCCGGGCGCUUCACUGUCAUUGGCACCAUCGGCUGGAUUGCGCCGGAGGUUCUUGACAGUGGGAUGAUGGACUGCCGCUCCGGCCACGUCACGUCCCACAGCUUUCCUUCGGAUGUGUGGUCCCUUGGCGUCUCUGCGCUUGAAAUGGCGUUACCGACCAUUCGAAAAACGGCCUUGUCGGAGUACAUCAAGGACUUUAGCGCCUCGGCGUGUUCUGCCCAGCCGACGGUGGAGACGGCUCGUAGGGGUUUCCUGUACGAGAAAAUCCCGUCGGAGCGUCUGCGCGACUUCAUAGCAUGCUGCCUUCGGAAGUCCCCACAGGUGCGCUCGACGGUUCGCCAGUUACUAUUACACCCCCUCAUACUGGAAAACGGCGUGGUAAACGCGCAAGAGCGACAGAAACGCAUAUCGGCCAUCCUCGCCGCGGUGAGUGCGGCCAGCAAGUCCAACCCGGCCUCAAAGGGAAAAAUGGUUGAUGACGCCAUUCUUCUGCCGCAAUACGCAUCCUCUCUGCACUCUAAAAAUCGUUGCAUGGAAGCCAUAGCAGCGAUUAAAAGGGAAUUCUUUGCCGCCCAGUCACCCCUGCCAGAGAAGUCUCGCGCCUCGCACUACGCAUGGUGCUUGCCAGCGCAUCUUGCCAGCAUGUCAUCCUCUGAUGAAUACCGCUACAUGCCAACUCCCUUGAGACAGCAAGGACUUGGUCAAGUGCCCCCCGUUUACAAUGCAUCGGCAACUAUGCGCAGCACAGCGCCUAUCAAACCGGUUUUUGACUCCGUUGUUCUGCCUGCUACAGUGGAGACGCAACGUGUGGCGCUAGGUAUCAUACGAAAGUAUCGCAAGCUCGCUGGGGCAAGCACGGCCGAAGGAUGGGCGGAAAUUGAUAGACGCAAUGAUGCGUGCUACUCACUGGAUGAGUUGGCCUGUCAGAACCUAAAGCAUGAGCAUUUCAUUCAGUUGCAUGAUGAUCUCCUACGUACAUUUAAAGCAGCUUGUGUGGCUAUUCCUGACUUUUCUGAGAGUUUCCUUUCCGCCUUUAUGCAGUCUCUAAUGGCUUCGGACGAUGAUCUGCAGAAUCUGCGACAGUUCAUUGCCUACAUUUUACAGUUGCUAAAAGAAGAUCUUGUGCACACCCAUCGUGCCCAAUUAGAGACGCCAGACUACAAGACCUCGAAGUCCAAAAGCCCCGCAGACUCUUUUGGCCGCAGUUCGCAUGCAAUGCCCUUUGUGUCAGCCGAAGAUUUUGUGCGCUUUCCACGCAUGCCCCAGUCGGCAGGGUUCGCGGAUGCGGAUGAUUGCGGCGGUGAUGCGGCCACGGAUACAAUACAGCAAAAAGCACGCCUAGUAAACCCCUCGGCGUACUUGUUUAACACAUGGCUGAGGCGAAAGCAGGGCGAGAUAAUGGGUCCCCCAUGA